CUGACGUAUCGAUACGCAGUCGCUCUGUCGAUGAAUCGAUUCUACUAUAUCGAUUACUGAAUCUCGCAAUCAAAUUACGAGUUCCGACAAUAAGGAUUUUUGGAAUCGAUACCAUGCUACUACAUCCGGGAGAAAUAUGAAAAUGGUUAGCAGGUUACCGUGGCAUUAUUAUAUUUUAAAAUAUUUUGUAAAAACAACGUUACAAGAUAUUAGUUAAGAGAAUGCAUUAAUGUCGGCAUCGAUCACGGACGCUAAAGUGCCACCAUUCGUCAACUUUGUAAUCGGUGCCAUAUCAGGAGUGGCAGCUCAGGUACCAACGCAUCCUAUGGACGUUCUUAAAAUACGCAUGCAAGUGUCACGAAAUACUUUACGCAACACAGUACUCCAAACAUUCAGGACGAGCGGAGUUUUUGGUUUUUACACAGGACUGAGCGCGGGUCUUCUUCGUCAGCUGACUUACACCACUAGCAGACUUGGAAUUUACACCACGUUGUUCGAUAUCGCAGAACAACAUUUUGGUCGUUUAAAUUAUGCAACGAUGAUUAGCCUCGGAAUGGUAGCUGGCGUAAUGGGCUCUUUUGUUGGUACUCCUACGGAUCUGGUAUUGAUUCGCAUGGUGGCUGAUAUACAUCUACCAGCAGAAAAACAAAGAAAUUACAAGAAUGCAAUCCAUGGUAUUGUCAAUGUAUGGAAGACUGAGGGGUUCACCAGAUUAUGGCGAGGAGCAGUGCCCACGAUGGGCAGGGCAGCGGUCGUCAAUGGAACACAGCUAGGUACAUAUACCAGAGCGAAGAUGUUGCUGGAAGACACAGCAUACAUAAAAAAUGAUAUACAACUGCAAUUUGCUGCUGCCAUGAUGUCCGGUAUAGUCACAUGUUUUGCUUCGAUUCCGAUAGACGUUGCUAAAACUAGAAUUCAAAACUUGAAACAAUUCACAAGAUCACCUACCGUUGUCGCUACAAUCAUUAACAUUACUAAAACGGAAGGUUUAACAUCGCUAUGGCGCGGUUUCCUUCCGUAUUAUUCCCGAGCAGCGCCUAACACUGUAAUCACUAUGAUUCCGAGUCGCACGGUCGUGUACGUGGCCUGUCUCACUAGACCGGCUGUCAAUCCAUUGUAAAAUGCCAAGAUGCCUUCCUUGCUGUAUGUGAUGCUGAUUGUGUCCAGAAUCGAUGCUUUGCCCUUGAGCACUUGCAUCCUAUUCUUGAUUACGUCCAUCGGAUGAACCACACAAGUUGCUGCCAUUCUGAAGCAGAUAUUUAAGACGUCAUUUGGAUUAUCAUAUAAAAAUGGAACAUUGAAUUGAAAAAUACGGAAGAACAGACGACACAGUUGAUUCAUCAGAACGCAUUUCAUCACUUGAAACGGAACAGUGGGUAUGUCACUGAAAGGUUUUUAACCUUGAAGAACAAUCGGCAUUUUUAAACUUUGAAUUGCUAAUAUGGGAGUACGUAUAUAUCAAAAGUCAUGAUUUCAAAGUAGAGUGUAAUAAUUGUCAUAGAAGCAUAACUGUUGCUGUUAGAACUCAUUUUAAUGAUCAUGUUGAAGAUGAACAUCAUUUGGCAAGUCAACUAAGCUGAAUAAAAAAAUGGCAAUUUGUCCUUCCCCGAAAGUUGACAAUGGGAACUUUAUCGGCGUCUAAAUAGUAUCACUAGUUGCAAUAAUGGUAGUUUUAAUUUUGACGAUUUUAUAUCACUAAAAGAUAUAUACAAGAAAAGUGACAUAUAUAGCCCUGACGUAUAAUAAUUUGUUUUAUGUUUUUAAAAUUA